CUGAUUUGUGGUUGUCGUGGAAGCGUCGUUCUCUAUUGGGUCACAUGGAACCAAUAACGUGCGCUGGUGGGCGUGGCUGUCCCUCCCGGAAACGUCUAUUAUACAGCUUCCUCCAAGAGCAGCGGCUUCAGCAAUGAGAAGGGCAGAGGUCUUGAAAGUUUUCAAGGUUUUGCAUAGGACAAGGCAGAAUGUUUUCAAAAAUGACACCAGAAGCUUAGACGCUGCAAGACUUAAGAUAAAUGAAGAAUUCAAAAGUAAUAAAGAUGAGACUUCUCCUGAAAAAAUAGCUGAGCUGAUAAAAUUUGCUUCAGAUGUGGAAGUUAUACUUAGAACAUGUGUCCUACAAGGUGUUUUCGUGGAUACCAACAAAGUGUUGCUUCUACCAAGAAAGGAGCUGCUGCGAGACAAUGUUCCAUUCUGUGACACACCAAAGCAAAACACCUGAAUUUAAUAGAAUAAAGUUUUUGAUUAAUUAGCUAUGCCAUGUAAUUCCUUUUAAAAUAAAAUCUCUUUACUAUAA